UGUGCAAUCACAUCUCAAAGUGUGAACUACCUUUAUAUAGUGUUUCACAUAAACACACAUUUUGGUCGUCCAGCAAUUCAUGCACUGGUAAUUUUUAUCAAAGAAAUCCCUCGAAUUUUAAAAGGAAGCAAAAACAUACUCGUGUCAUGCCGCCAGAUUUGAAAAAGUUUUGGAUAGAAUUUAUUGAGUUGUAUAAGUCAUUACCUGAGUUAUGGCGACGAAGUUCCGAUGAAUAUUCGAAUGGACACUUGAAGAAGAAGGCAUACGAAGUAUUGGUGGAAAAGUAUAAAGAAAUCGAUGCGAAUGCUAAUGUUUUUGCCGUUAAAAGAAAAAUCAAUAAUAUACGAACAUGUUUCCGCCGUGAACUAAGUCGAGUCAAAAGAAGUGAGCAGAUGGCAAUGUCUCCUAGUGACAUUUACAUCCCAAGACUUUGGUAUUACAAAAACUUGGACUUUUUAAAGGAAGAGGAAGAAGAGGUACGCGUAAUGACGAAACCUGAGACAUCACUGGCGAACGACAAAACAAUCAUUGCAUAUGAUGAUGACGACGACGAUGAUGAAGAAAUUUCCCGGUAUGUUCAACAACAACCAUCAUCAGGGCAACCCAAAAAAAGAUCGGUCAUACCAGAAGAACGUGAUAGACAGAAUGACCAAACUGAAAAUUACGUAACUGAUAAAUCUAAGGCACUUAGCUUGUCAUGGGAAGUGUUAUAUCGUGAUUUAAAUCCCCAACAACGUCUGUAUGCCAAUCGAAUGAUCAAUGAAAUAUUAUACCAAGCUGCGCUGGGCAAGCUCCAAGAGAGUUCGUACAAAUUAUUAGAAAUGGCUGUGGAAAACACAAAUGAUGUUAACAAUGACCAAGACUCAGUGAUACAAUAUUAUUUGGACGAUACAUCGGCAGAGGAGGAGCAGGAGGCCGUCCAAAAUGGACAAGAACGAAAAAGAGCCAAGAGAUUCAAUUGACUAUAAGCUGUGUAAAUAAAAAGAGAAAAAAUGAAUGUUCUACUUUGGAAAAUACCAGAAAAAAAUGUUGAAUAUAAAUACCUGGCUCCAUUGUUAUGGAGCGGCAAAACGUUGUUCGAUUAAUA